AUGGAAAAACAUACGACGGCUGAAAAUGAGUAUCGGGUUUAUACAGAAAGAUGGUUCAUUCUACUGGCAACCACAGUCCUAAUCAGUACAAAUAUUAUGCAAUGGGUAAGUUUCUCUGCUCAAAUCGACCAAACCAACAUGUUUUUCUGUGGUCCUGAUGGUUUUCAUGAUUGUUCUGCAGCAUUUUUGUCCAAUCAAAUAUACCAGAUAGUUGCUGUUAUUGUGAGUAUAAUUGGAAUGUACUUUGCGACUGUUUUUGGAACUCUUCCUACUCUCCGGCUUGCGGCUGUAUUCAAUAUAGUUGGAGCAUCAAUCCGUCUGGUUUCCUCUAUUCCAAGUCUUCAAAAUUUCUUCUGGAGACAAUUCCUAAUGCUUCUUGGAACCAGUAUUGCAGCAGCUGCUCAGAUGUAUUUUGUUGUGUUCUCGAAAAUAGCCGAGAGUUGGUUCUUUCCAAGAAAUAGAGCAUCUGCUAAUGUGGCAUGUUCGAAUAGUUUGGAAUUGGGUGUUGUACUCGGAACUCUUCUUCCGUCUGUCAUUAUUCCAGCUACUUAUACUAAAGAUAUCGUUGGAUCAUGGACAUUUUUCUAUUUAAAUGCAAUUAUAGCAGUAGUAUGUUUGAUUCCACUGUUUUUAUUGUUCAUCUUAUGUCGUCGAUCCGUUCCAAAAACUCCACCAUCUGCUUCAUCACAACAUGAAGUGAAUGGUCCAGUGACACGUGGAAUAUUGAAAUGUUUGAAGGAUCGUCAGUUCCUCAUCCAAAUCGUCGUUUAUUCCAUCAACUUCGCGAUUGCAAAUGGUAUUAUUUACACUUCGAACGCCAUCAACUACAGGGGAUACAAUUUGAAAGGAUACCCAAUUGCAAUUGCUACUUUAGUCUGCAUGUUCUCUGCUUAUUUCGUAGGAAUAAUUGCUGAUAGAACACGGAAGUUCAAGACGAUUGCAUUGAUAAACGCAUUCGUUAUUGCUAUUUGUGUACUGGCGUUGAGAAUGUACCUCAUAAAAACUUAUACUGGAUGGUGGGAUUCGGUGAUUGUCUGCACUCUUUUGAGUAUUAUCAUGUCUUGUUGUGCUAUCCAUACUCCGAUUGGAAACGAAAUGGGUGUGGAAACCACGUAUCCAGUCCAAGAAUCUAUUUCCACUGGCGUUUUGAACACUUUUGGACAAACUUGGCUAUUCGCAUUGUACUUUGUUAUGUACGCUCUGCAGGACUCGAAUUGGAUUUACAAUAAUAAGGGGAAGGGCGGAAGUUGGGAACUAGCUUUGGAUUUCUGGGCAGCUAUCUCUAUUCUGAACUUCUUUGUUGCUCUAUUCUUCUUGAGGCCACGAUACAACCGACUUCAAAUGGAAGAAGAAGCUCAAAGGACACAAGAAGCUAUUAGAGAAUCUGUUAGUACUAUUUGUAAGGACUGA